CUGCUCUCUUUCCUUCGCUCUUCGCCUCUUCCUCUCCUUCGCCCUUUUUCUCUCGCCGGCGACAUUGACUUCGCCGAGUGCCGUUGAAAAUUAUGGCAGACGCAGGGAAGCGGCGGGUGUGCUACUACUACGAGCCGGAGAUAGGAAAUUACUACUACGGGCAGGGGAACGCGAUGAAGCCUCACCGGGUCCGGAUGACCCACUCCCUCCUUGAGGGAUACGGCCUCCUCCACCGGAUGCGGGUCCUUCGCCCCAUUCCGGCCAGCAACCGAGACCUCCUCCGCUUCCACUCCGACGACUACAUCGCCUUCCUCCGCUCUGCCACCCCCGAUCGGCACCUCGACGCUGACAUCCUCCGCCGAUUUAACAUGUCCGAUGACUGCCCCGUAUUCUACGGCCUCUUCGACUACUGCCAGUCCUACGCUGGCGCUUCUGUUUGCGCCGCCAGGGAACUCAACCGCGGCCGCGCCGACAUCGCCAUCAAUUGGUCCGGCGGGCUCCACCACGCGAAGCGCAGCGAAGCUUCGGGAUUUUGCUAUGUCAACGACAUCGUCCUCGCCAUCCUCAAGCUCCUCGAGGUCCACAAGCGAGUUCUCUAUGUGGACAUUGAUAUCCACCAUGGAGAUGGGGUGGAGGAGGCUUUCUACUUAACUGAUCGAGUGAUGACAGUUUCUUUCCAUAAGUUUGGUGAUUAUUUUCCUGGCACAGGGCACAUAGGUGAUAUUGGAUAUGGCAAAGGACAACAUUAUGCUAUAAAUGUGCCUUUGGAUGAAGGAAUUGAUGAUGAGAGCUACCAUUAUGUAUUCAAACCUAUCAUGGAGAAAGUUAUGGAAGCUUUCAGGCCUGAUGCCGUAGUACUUCAAUGUGGUGCUGACUCCUUAUCUGGAGAUAGAUUGGGCUGCUUCAACCUCUCUAUUAAGGGUCAUUCAGACUGUAUAAGAUACAUGAGAUCUUUUAAUGUGCCACUCUUGUUGCUUGGUGGUGGCGGGUAUACCUUACGCAAUGUCGCUCGUUGUUGGUGCUAUGAGACAGGGGUUGCAUUGGGAGUUGAAUUAGAUGAUGAGAUGCCUGAUCAUGAAUAUAUAGGAUAUUUUGGCCCAGAGUUCACUAUUCAUGCUGUCCCAAGUAAUAUGGAAAAUAAGAAUUCACGCAGGUCUUUGGAUGCUACAAAAGUGAAGUUACUAGAAACUCUUUCCAGUCUUCAACAUGCUCCAAGUGUUCAAUUCCAUGAACAACCAACUAGCAUGGAUACCGAUCAGGAUGACGAUUAUCAAGAGGAUGCAAAUGAUGAUCAUCACAUGGACAGGGACGGGUGGCCUCACUCUUGAGAGGUCAUACAUGCUGCUACAGGAUUUUAGUCCUCGAAAUUAAAACUUCAACUAAUGUUCAGAUAUACAGGAAGCCUAGUUGCUCACACUGUAAAUGCUUUGCAUUUUCUGUUUGUGUUUGGGUAGCACAAAAGGAUCAAAGAACAAAUUUCUUCUUUUUUGCAUUUCUAGGGAUGUACGCUUCAAUUAAUAUAUAUAUAUAUAUAUAUAUAUAUAUAUAUAUAAAGUAUUUCAUUGGCUAAAAUCUUAGGCAAUGUAGUGAAAAAACAGAAUUUUGAAGCAUCAUUUUCUGUUUCAAGAAUGAAUAAUAGUACAUGUUUGAUCAUAGUUGUUUCCUUUGACAUAGUUAUUCUCAACUAGAUCCACCAAGUGAUGUAAGCAUCUCUAAUAAUAUUUUUUUUAUAUGAAUGUCGUGCAAGUAUUAUAGUAGUAAAGAAGGCGAAGAGGCGUGUGGUUACCAAAAAGGCAUCUGAAAUCUGCAAAUCGUGCUCACCAUUCUCAAACUCCUUGAGGAUUUGGGAGAAAUUUGUCCAUUGGCCCCAAGCCACGGGAUUAUGGUGGCAGCAGUUCAUUGUACUCUUCUCUCCAAUGCUGUGGCAUAGAUGUUGUAACUCGAGAUGGAGGAUCAAUCAAAGAAGAAAGAAAAAGCACAAGAAAUUACCGUAAAUAGCCAUAUGGUUGUCACCGGACCUAAGUUAAGUGCUUCCCAUUGUUUCUUUGUAUGGUUAAGAAAUGGUAAUUGUGAUCAUGCCAAAAUCAGAACUGAAAGUUUAAGAGUAUCUUGCUUUAGUUAUUCUCCUUAUCUGUGCUAGUUCUUUGGCAGUUAGCUUGACAUUGUCAUCUGGAAAUUUACCGAUGUCGAUCCUAACAAAGAUGACGAAGUUUGCAAGGAGUGGGAAAGUCUGAAGAACACUACUCUUACUCGAAGUGAGUUGAAGUUUCUGUUCUCUCUUCCUACAGUCGCUACUUUUGCAUUAACAUUUUCGGGACUUCAAAUAUGAUCUUGGAAGAAAUAUAGAGUUGUACUUAUGGAUACAAUGACAAUGAGUGCCUGCAAAUGCAGUUCUACAAAGCUUCAAUUACACAAACCUGCUUAAUUAUAGACAGUGGUGUUAGGGAUCAUAGAUGAUCACCAUACAUUGCAUUUUUCUAGUUGUGUUCUUCAGAUAAACCUUAGACAUUGUAUCGAAAGAAGAUUCAUUUUU